AUGAGCGGGGCCGCGCCGAGGCUCAACCCUCUCGCCACGGGGGACACGCAGCUGGCCCACACCCUUGUCCCCGGGCAGAUGGUGGACAUUGCGGGCGGGCGGGUCAUGGAGGUGGUGGAUGUGCCGGAUCGGCUGCUCGCGCCGCUGCUCGGCGAGGGCGGAGCCACGCUAGAGGAGAUUCGGCGCGUCUCGGGCGCGAGCAUCGAGAUGAUCGAGAUGGUUAAGCUCAAGCUGGGCGACGCGGAGCGGCGCGCAAUCGUCACGGGAGUCCGCACCAUUGUCGCGCACGCCGUCAAGAUGAUUGCGGACGUCCUCGCCAACCCGACGGUGAUGGUUGCGCAGCCGGUGCAGGCGACUGUCGAGACGCGCGUGAUCGAGAUCCCCUUCAACAAGGCGGGGCUCAUCAUCGGCCGCGCGGGCGAGACGAUCCGCGACAUUAUGAGCAAGUCGGGCGCACACGUGCAAGUGUCGCGCGAAGCGACGGGCGAGGACGAGGAGACGCGGACAGUGACAAUCCAGGGGACCGCCGAGCAGAUAGAGUCGGCGGCGGCGCACGUCAACUCGAAGCUGAACCCGGACGACUGGCAGCUCGCCGUCAAGGCGCAAAACGCGAUGGCGAGUGGCGUCGAGCUGCACCUCGCAAAGCUUCCCUCCCGCGGCCAGCGCGCCGUCAAGCUGAGCGGCGAGGCGACUGCCGUCGAGACGGUCGCGGCGUUCCUGCGCGCUUGCGACGCGCGUGCGGCGCGGCGGCAGAAGCGGCGACGGCCGCUCGCCCCGCAAGACGCCGCGCGGCGCUACUACGACCGGUACUACGAGGAGGGCGGGAUCGCCGCCGCCGCCGAGGAGCAGCAGCGCGAGGCGGAGGAGGGAGGGGGCGAGGCGGAGCACGCACUGCCGGAGGGCUGGCAGAAGGGGGUGACGCCCGACGGGCGCGACUACUUUUACAACGUGGGCACCGGCGCGACGCAGUGGAUCCGGCCCAACGACUACUAG